ACAACUACCACAACAACAAAAACAACAGCAACAGCAACAACAGCGCCUAUCACCGACUAAUACAAACGGCAAUUUCGUAUUAAUUUUAUUUGCGCAUACAUUUUGCCGCGUGCUCAUAAAAAUUUACAUAGAAACCAACACCAAAACAAGCAGCAGCAAGAACAACUGCUGAAUGGCAACAAGGAGUACAAGAAGAGGGUCCUGGUUAACUGCUGACCCAGCCAGCCUACGACUUUAGAUGUGCGAGUUGAAAAACAAAUUGAAGCCACGCCUACAACGACAACAAACACAAAGUGCUGCAACUGGAGGAAGUUGGCGAGGAGGAGGAGCAACCGCAACAAAUUUUUAUACAACAACCCGAACAACUUUAGUGAUAUGGAACUGUGCAUAGCAACAAAGUCAAAAGCUCAAAGUUCAAUGCAUGUUAAAAGCAACUAUCAAAAUAUAAUAAAUAAUAUUAAUAUUCACAAAAGAUGCCACCAAAAUCAAAUGAAUACUCAACAAAUCAGCCACAAAUGCCACAUGAAACACAGAGAUCGAGACCACCUGAAAAAGCAACAACAAAACCAACGAGCAACACAACAACAAAAUAGCAAUAAACAAAAUCGAAGCAAAAACAAUUGUUAUCCACAAUGCCACAGACUUCAUUUGCGUCUGCUGCUGCUGCUGCUAAUGCUGCCACUCGCCCAGCAUACCACGACUGCAUCACCUGGCGGCAGCAGCAGACGUGAUGCUCUACUCGCCUUCUACAAGCGUGCCCAGCUGCGCGAGAUGCUGCCACUUGGAGUCCAGGAGUUUCAGUUGCGCGAAUCCGCAGGAAUCGAUUUUGAUGAACUGACGCCCACUGGCAGCAUGGUCUCAGCCCUUAGUAAUGCGGAGCGUUUGCGUAAGCGUAGCGCCUCAACAACAUCAAAACCAACAACAACAACAACAAUAGCACCACCACCAACAAUAAAACAAACAACAACACCACCCACAACAACAGCAGCAACGUCAACAAUCACUGCUACGGGCAGCAAAAAGUCGGAAAAAUGUGAACCCAAAGUCCUGGAAUCGCUGCCCGAUGAACCGUAUUAUGACUUCACCGAUAUCGCCGAGGAAGCCGCACGCCAAUUUACGGAAUACCUGUCGAAUAAGUUUCCAAAUGCGGACGCAAAUGUUGCCAUCGAUAAACAGACGAGGGAGGAGGUGAGCCGGCGAGCCAAUGUUAUCGCCAGCUAUGCCCUCAACGAGGAUGACAAUCUCCUUGCCUUUGCCAUUGCGGCGCCCAGCAUACAGGCAGUUGUUGUCAAAUUCAGGGACAAUGUGACGAUACCACCGAAUCAGGUGCAUAACAAGGAUUACUUGGGCUCCUAUUGGCGGGAAUUGGGGGCCGCCUGGAACAGCAGUGAUGGCACCCAGGAGUGGGGAGCGCCCUUUCGUGACUGCAACCUGUUGACGGGGCGCUGGCUGUGGCCAUUUCGCAUAUCAUUCACCAACCACCGAAUCAAAAUUGUUGCUGCUGCAUUUGUGGCAGCCGACGAGGAUAUGUGCAACGAUGGUCUGGAAGAGGUCUUUGGUCGACGUCACGGUUGUGAUCGCAACACCACAUUCUGCCUGCUGACUGAGAAUAAGCCGGCGGCGACUCGUGAUCUUUACACGUGCCUCUGUCGCGAAUCCUAUUAUCUGCCCAAUGCCACAUUGCAGGGAUUUCGCGGUGAUCUCGUCGAGCUGUCGGAGGGCUUCGACAACUACUCGUGUGUGCCCUGUCCGGGCGGAUGUAGCAACUGCGACUUGCAUGGCGCUUGUCUCACCUUUCAGGUGGAUGAUGCACUCAACGUUGAUGCCUGCCUGCGCAUCCUGGUUGCCAUUGUCCUGGGCGCAUGCAUUCUGUGCUGUGUGGUCCUCAGCGUUAUUGUGUUUAGGCAACGUAAAUGCAAGGCCAUCGCCUCGGGCAUGUGGACCGUGCUGGAGACCAUAUUGCUCGGCAUUGUUUUACUUUAUGCAUCGGUUGCCGUCCAUUUCUUUCCCGCCUCCACGGAGCGCUGCCUGCUGGAGCCUUGGCUGCGUGAGAUCGGCUUCAUUACGUGCUAUGGCGCCAUUAUAUUGAAACUAUAUCGCCAUCUGGUUGACUUUCGAACACGCAAGGCUCAUCGCUGGGUGCUGCGCGACGUGGAUCUGCUCAAGUAUCUGGGCACCAUGGUCUUUGCCGUCAUCUGUUACAUGUCCGCAUUUACCGCAUCCUCACUGGAUCUGCUGGAGAGCGCGCAAAUGGAGAGUCUACGGGAGGCCAGCACAAACACUUGCCGUCCCCUCAAAUGGGAGCUGGUGACGCAGACCAGCGAGAUAUUCAUUCUCUGCUUUGGCCUCCACUUGGCCAUUGCCAGUCGCAAUGCCAACACACAGUUUCGGGAGCGUCAAUUUCUGGUUACAGCGUUGACGCUAGAAUUUCUCGUAUCGUCCAGUUUCUAUUUUCUGCGCUUUGUUUAUUUGCCGGAAAUGAGUCCCAGCGCCAUUUUGUUGGCGCUCUUUGUGCGCUCGCAGCUGACAAAUAGCCUCGCCUUGGGUUUGAUAUUUGUGCCAAAAUUGUGGUAUCAGCACAAGCAGGUUCGUUCGCUUGCGUAUGAUCUAUCAAUGCGUUUACCUGUGGAUGCUUUCAAGGGUACGUCACACGAUGCCGGCCAGAGAUUGGGUGGCGGCUAUGCGGGACUGUGCCUGGGCGAUCCCGACAUCGGUGAGCUGACCAUAUCCGAAAUGACUCCCGAGGAUAUACGUGCCGAACUCAAAAGACUGUACACACAACUGGAGAUACUGAAGAAUAAGACGCUGCGUCAGGAUAAUCCGCACAUUAGUAAAAGACGCGGCGGUCGGAAGGCGGGUCAUCGUCGCUUCUCAUUGCAAAAAAAGGGCAGCAAAGAUAAGGCUUUAAGUGCCAAACAUCGCAGCAAUAAGCAUCAUCAGGAUAUCGAAAUAACCGAAGCGGAACCAUCUCGCACCCCCGAGGAUUCAGUCUGCAGUGCGGAGGGGCCGACAGAUACAUAUGCUGAAAUAUCGGGCAUAUCGCAUUCAAUGCUAUCCCAUUCCAUGGUCUCUCAUUCCGUUGUCUCGCACUCCAAGUAAAAACACAAACUGUACAUAAUAUAAUAUAACUCAA